AUGCCGGUAGACUGCCAAAGGUCCACCUCUGGUGGGAAGGGCAAUUGGGGAAUGUUCAUAGAACGUGAUCCGAAAAUAUGUGCAGCAGGAUUACCCUCUGCUCAGCCAGACGACAAAGUUUCUGAUUCAUUAGAACAUUACUUAUUGAAGGAUGAAGUGGAUGCUCUUAUGAGUGACGCAAUCUUUCCACCGGAACCUCCUCGACCAUUACCACCUUUACGACACCCGAUUCCAUUAGACAAACGCUUCGCAGGCCCAUUUGGUCAGGUUGCGCAAUUGAUAAAUCCUCCAAUAAAAACAAAAUUCCAAACACUUGUGGAUGAUUUUAAGGAUACCGCGUAUACGUCUUAUUGGAACAAACCACUUGCGCAGGUCCGUGAUCCUGUGCCGAUGCUUCCUGAUGGUAUGGAUACCUUUGGCACCACUUUUGGUAAGAAAACACCAUUUCAUGGCAGGUUAUAUGAUGUUGUAAUGCCGAAAAACCCACAACCCGAUAAAACACCCCGUUCUAAAGAAGCUGGAGUGCAAUUAGACCGUGUUUAUUGUUCUCCUCCGUAUAAUGGAGAUGUAACAUUUGGACACAGAACAUUUGUUGAUAAGCGCGGUACAUAUGCUAAAUGUUGUCUUACUGACGAUAGAGUAGUUCUCGGAAAAGGAGGCCGAACGAUUUUAAAUACACUUCAAGCUAAAUAUCUGGAUGCAAAUCAACCAAGAAUUGGAAACGCUGUAACUCCAAAUAACAAUUUAAAUAACGUCCCAGCAGGCUAUGCUUUUGGAAAAUUAAAACCUCCUGACAAUUUACCGGCAUGCUUAUCAUAUUGUGAAUUAAAUCCAGAACGGCUUUUCUUCAAAAAGUGCUUAGGACACUUAAAUUCUCUUCGAAAAUCUUUAUCAAAGCGUUUUUUGCCAUCAUUCUUUCGUGAUUUCUAUUUAAAUAUAAAAUAUUACGAUAAACAAAGAAGUGGUUGGUUACCAAAAAAAGUUGUUUAUGAUUUGUGUGCCUUAAGACUUAUUCGAUUUGACUCAUCGUUAGUAGAGCCUCUGUUGUCUAUGUGGCAAGCGUAUGAUGGAGAAAACAUUGAGUACAAGACAUUUGUUCAUGUAAUAAACUACCGAGAACCAUCGCCAGAUCUAUUAAAAGUGAAGGACGUUCCAGAUGAAUGUCUAUCAUUUUCAACUACUUAUACAGAAAUGGUAGAGCCUGGAAAAGAGGAAGACAGAAGUCGAAUGGCCGGUUUACCAUCGGGUAGGUACUUUGACAUGGAUUAUCCAGUUACUCCUGUACGUUGCUGCCGAGCAGAUAGAACUUGCCUACCCCAUGAAUCUGACAUGAAAGCCUGUCUUAAUCCAAGCAUUUUAACUUUAUACAAUGUAAAUCAUAGAGAUAUGUAUGCUAAACGAGAACCUCAAAUUGUAAGAAGAGUUUUUGAAGCAGCAGGUGAAAUAUUUACAGAUGAAAAAUUUAACGAAAUUUGGGAAAAAGCUAAGAAGUAUCAUUCAGCUGGUUGGGUCUGUUAUGAAACAUUUAACAGAGCUAUACAAUUAUCUAAUUAUGUAGAGAGUAAUAAUACUGAGUAA